GCAGCCCUCCAGGGGACACCUCUCUCAGCCACCCUCUCCUUGGUGAUGUCUCAGUGCUGCCGGAAGAUCAAAGACACUGUGCAGAAACUGGCAUCGGACCACAAGGACAUUCACAGCAGUGUCUCCCGAGUGGGCAAAGCCAUCGACAGGAACUUUGACUCUGAGAUUUGUGGUGUGGUCUCCGAUGCGGUAUGGGAUUCUCGGGAGAAGCAGCAGCAGAUCCUGCAGAUGGCCAUCGUGGAGCACCUGUACCAGCAGGGAAUGCUCAGCGUCGCUGAGGAGUUGUGCCAGGAGUCCACGCUGAAUGUGGACUUGGAUUUCAAGCAACCUUUCCUGGAGCUGAAUCGAAUCCUGGAAGCUCUACACGAACAAGACCUGGGGCCAGCACUGGAAUGGGCCGUCUCCCACAGGCAGCGCCUGCUGGAGCUCAACAGCUCCCUGGAGUUCAAGCUGCACCGACUAUACUUCAUCCGCCUUCUGGCAGGUGGCCCCGAGAAGCAACUGGAAGCCCUUAGCUAUGCCCGGCACUUCCAGCCCUUUGCUCGGCUGCACCAGCGGGAGAUCCAGGUGAUGAUGGGCAGCCUGGUGUACCUGCGGCUGGGCUUGGAGAAAUCGCCCUACUGCCACCUCCUGGAUAAUAGCCAUUGGGCAGAGAUCUGUGAGACCUUUACCAGGGAUGCUUGUUCCCUGCUGGGGCUUUCUGUGGAGUCACCCCUCAGUGUCAGCUUUGCCUCUGGCUGUGUGGCGCUGCCAGUGCUGAUGAACAUCAAAGCAGUGAUAGAGCAGAGACAGUGCACGGGGGUGUGGAGUCACAAGGAUGAAUUGCCGAUCGAGAUAGAACUUGGCAUGAAAUGCUGGUACCACUCGGUCUUUGCGUGCCCCAUCCUCCGCCAGCAGACAUCUGAUUCCAACCCUCCCAUCAAACUCAUUUGUGGCCAUGUGAUCUCAAGAGAUGCACUCAACAAGCUCAUUAACGGAGGAAAGCUGAAGUGUCCCUACUGCCCUAUGGAGCAGAACCCGGCAGAUGGCAAACGCCUCAUCUUCUGAUUCCAGCUUGAAAGGAACUUGGUUGUGAGUUUUCACCUCGAAUUGUCUCGGUGAGGAUGGCUGGUUUCAGUGGACUGUAUUUAUUUCAGAGCAGCUGACUUGAGGAGUGCUGCCAUGGCAGAAGCCCAGGAGGAGACAGCUCCCUGGUUUUAAGAAGCUGGCUUCUCUUCUCCUGCUGUCUCCACUCAUAUUUGCUGUUAGUACUGACCAACACAGAAGCAAGGACUUGCCACCAGCAGCAGAUGUCUUCCCAUCCCUGCCUCAGCCAGGUCUCACUGCCAUGCCAGCAUCGUGUCCACCUCCUGCUGUACAGCCUUACCACUGUACGUAUCUGCUCCCUACUGUAAAUAUUCUAUGCUAGAAUUGAAUGCCAUGGUUUUCUAACUUGGAGCAAAUAUAUUCAUUCACCUGUCUUUAG